AAUUGUCUUCACGGCCCACUUUCAAACCAAUUUCUUCAUCAUUUUGGGGUAGAUGUUGGUUUGGGUAAUGAAAACUUAUGUGGAAACCACUCCCAACUUCGCUCUUGUGCUUCACACAAUCACACAGUACACAAACUAUUGAAAAUCCUUCUUCCCUCGCUUAUUUUGUUCAUCCUUUUCGUUGUUUGCUUCACUCUUUAUUGUUCACGAAAAUCAAAGAAUACCACCCAUGUGACAGAGGUAGAUAGCCAUGGAAAUGUGUUCUCCAUAUGGAAUUAUGAUGGUAAGAUUGCUUACCAAGACAUUAUAGACGCAACCGAAGACUUCAAUAUCAAAUAUUGCAUUGGCACAGGUGGGUUUGGGAGCGUCUACCGAGCAAUGCUUCCAAUUGGAAAAGUUGUAGCUCUAAAGAAGCUUCAUAGUUCUGAAGCAGCCAAAUGGGUAGCCCUUAACGAGAGUUUUCAAAAUGAGAUUGAGAUGCUAAAAGAGAUUAGGCACAAGAACAUCGUAAAGCUCCUUGGUUAUUGCCUCCAUAAACGUUGCAUGUUUCUCAUUUACGAGUACAUGGAGAGUGGAAGCCUAUUUUGGGUGCUAAGCAAUGAUACAGAAGCAGAGGAAUUGAAGUGGAAUAAGAGACUAAAUGUCAUUAAUAGAGUUGCCCAAGCUUUGUCCUACCUACAUCAUGAUUGCAAUAUGCCUAUCAUUCAUCGAGACGUUACAACCAAUAAUAUACUUUUGGACUCGAAUCUUGACGCUUUUCUGCCGGAUUUCGGGGUAGCAAGAUUUCUUGAUGUUGAAUCUUCAAAUCACACCGUGGUUCGCGGCACAUAUGGCUACAUAGCUCCAGAAUUGGCAUACACGAUGGUCGUUACAGAAAAAUGUGAUGUUUAUUGCUUUGGAGUAGUGGCAUUAGAAACAAUAAUGGGAAAACACCCUCGAGAAUUGUUAAACGACAUAUGGUCGAAAUCUACUCCAAAUGUAGCUAUCAAGGAAUGGUUGGAUAUGCGUCUAAGAUCUCCUUUAACCCAAAAUGGAGUAGCUCAAAGAAUAGUUGUUGCACUAACGCUGGCUUUUGCAUGCAUCCAUCCAAACCCAACAGCCCGACCAACAAUGCAGCAUGUGAGUAUACAACUUCUUGUUCCCAGACCUGGUCUAGAAAUCUCAUUCAAUGAGAUUUUAGUUGAACAAAUUUUAAGACAGGAAAUUUACCGUGUAAAUAUAAUUUCAGAAUAAUCAUUCUGAGAGUUAGUGUCAAAA